AUGGACAAGAUCAACUCUGAGCCGGUGGACCUUGGAAACCUCAGCUGGGAAUUCACUUAUACCAACUCAGCCUGCAGUGCCAGGGAGUCUCUCGCUAUUUUCACCGACCAGGUCCAGAGAGAACAGGUUUCUGCCCUGUUUGGACCCGCAUGCCCAGAAGCAGCAGAGUCUUGCAUCCUCAAGUUGGUUACACACAAAACAUUAUCUAUCAACAACAUUCCAAAAGAGAAGCUCCAGUGUGACCCAUAUUUGUUGGCUUCUGAGUGGAACAUCCCCGUGUUUGACUUUGUUGGACAAACCGCAAAACUGGAGAAUGACUUCUUGUAUGACACCUAUGUGAAACUCGUGCCACCCAUGCAUGAAAUUGGUGAUGUUCUCCAGAAAUGUCUCUGGUACCUGGGCUGGAAGCACGUUGGGAUGUUUGGAGGUCACUCUGGGAUUUCCUCCUGGCAUAGAGUGGAUGAGUUGUGGAGGGUUGUGGAGAAUGAACUCAAAUCCCAUUUCACUAUCACUGCCAGGGCCAUGAUGGCCCUUCUGCAAGAGAAUCUUAGGACCAUGUCAGCAGUUGCCAGGGUUAUCAUCUUAAUCUGCAGCUCAGAAGAUGCAAUUAUUCUGCUGGCUGCAGAGAACCUGGGACUCAAUACAGGAGAAUUCGUUUUCAUCAGUUUGCAGCAGUUGGAGGACAGUUUUUGGAAGGAGGCAUUGACCAAUCUGAAGGGGAUGCACUUCCCCACAGUCUACGCGUCCAUGCUUCUCAUCGCCCUCAGCUCCUACGGAGAAGGCCCUGCAGAUGAAGGCUUCCAACAACAUGUCUACCGAAGGCUGAGAGGGCUGCCUCACAGCUCCAUCUCCACAGAGGAGCAGAUGAGCCCUUACUCUGCCUACCUUCACGACGCGGUCCAGCUCUACGCACAGACCGUGAAGGACAUGAUAAAGGCUGGAAGAGAUUUCCGGGACGGGCGGCAGCUGGUCAGCACACUGAAAGGUUCCCAUCAGACUGCACUGCAGGGAAUUACUGGCCCCGUUGUGGACUCCCAGGGAGAAAGAUGCAUGCAUUACUCGGUCUAUGCUCUACGGAGAUCCAGAAAUGGGUCCUUCUUUCUUCCUGUUCUUUAUUAUGCCAGCUACCAGAAAGUAAUCAGGCCCAUGAGGAAUUUCUCCACUAUUACUUGGCCCCAUGGCUCCUUUACGGAAGGCAGACCUGGCUGUGGAUUUUACAAUGAGCUCUGUGAAACUCGGCCUACUUUUACAGGUAUGACUGCUGUGAUUCUUGCCAUAACCCUCCUGAUUAUUGUUUUGGGAGCUGUCCUCAUAGGUCUGAUUUUAAGGAUGCAGAGGCCAAAUAAAGACAUUUGGUGGCAAAUCGAUUAUGACGACAUCACCAUCCUGCCCCAGAGCAAGCCACCCCAGAGAGGGACACCUGUGUCGAGAAGGGACAGUGGCAACUCGUCUAGUGUGAUGAUUUCUGGGGACUUCAGCUCCUUUAUCAAGGGCCAGCGGGGGAAAGAGCUCCUGUGUGCCCCGGUAGGGCUUUACCAGGGAAACCAUGUAGCCAUCUGCUAUGUUGGUAACCAAGCGGAAGCCUGGAUCAGGAAGCCAUCUGUGCUGCAGGAAAUCCGCUGUUAUGAUUCCCAUUAUUAUUUUCAGGUGUAUGAAUUAAGGCACGAAAACAUUGUUCCCUUCUAUGACAUUUGCACAGAACCACCCAACGUCUGCAUUGUCACCCAGUAUUGCAAAAAAGAAAGUCUUAAGGAUGUUUUGAGAAACUCAGGUAAUGAAAUGGAUUGGAUAUUUAAGCUCUCAUUUGCAUAUGACAUAGUCAAUGGCAUGCUGUUCCUCCACAGGAGCCCACCGGGGUCCCAUGGCAACCUGAAGCCUUCCAACUGCCUGGUGGAUGGUUGGAUGCAGGUGAAGCUGUCAGUAUUUGGGCAGUGGGAACUCAAGAAUGGUCGGACGUACAAAACAUAUAAUGAGAAAAAGAUGGACCAGGCAGAGCUCUAUUGGACGGCUCCAGACCUGUUGGGGCUCUCAGAGGUACCCCGGUCAGGCACCCCAAAGGGAGACGUUUACAGCUUUGUCGUUCUGAUGGGGGAGCUGAUCCAUCAUCAAGACCACGGACCUUUUGGCAAUCGCUGCGAGACACCAGACGUUAAUGCUGGGAGCGUCUCCUUGGCAGGCUUUGGUCAUCGGGACCGCCACGUGAACAUACUAGACAGUAUGGUGAGCAAGCUGCAAAUGUACACCAAUCACCUGGAGGAGGUGGUGGAAGAGAGGACCAACCAGCUGAUGGCAGAGAAGAGGAAGGUGGAUAAGCUUCUGUCCACAAUACUGCCCAGCUUCACUGGAGAACAGCUCAUAGCUGGAAGGUCUGUGGAACCAGAACCUUUUGAGUCCGAGACCAUCUUUUUCUCUGACAUUGUUGGAUUCACAAAACUCUGUUCUCUCAGCUCCCCCCGGCAAGUUGUAAAGCUCCUCAAUGACCUGUACAAUUUAUUCGAUCACAUCAUUAAAACUUGCGACGUGUAUAAGACUACUUUGUUGCUUUAUUUUCCGGUUGAAACCAUUGGAAAUGCAUACAUGGUGGCUAGUGGACUUCCCAUGCGCAAGGGAACCCAGCAUGUGGACGAGAUUGCCACCGUGUCCUUACAUUUCCUCAGUGCCACCAUCCACUUCCAGAUUGGGCACAUGACUGAGGAGAAGCUCCAGCUUCGGAUUGGCCUCCACACAGGUCCUGUGGUGGCUGGCGUGGUGGGAAUCCCCAUGCCCAGGUACAGGUCCUGUCUGUCUGGAGACAGUGUGAACAUGGCAUCCAGAAUGGAAAGCAGCAGUUUGCCUCUCGGGAUUCACGUCUCUCAGAGCACUGCAGACGCCCUGCUGGCAUCGGGAGGGUAUGAUUUGCAGAAGAGAGGCGCCAUUCCAGUCCAGGGCAAAGGAGAACAGACAACUUUCUGGCUGAAAGGCUAAGAAGGCUUCACUAUUCCACUGCCCGAAUUUACUGAGGAAGAAGCUGAACUCCCAGAGAUCUUCUGA